UGGGUCCUCUUUCCUAUGUCCACCAAAAUGGAUUCCUCCGCUUUGUGAGGGCCCUGUCUAUAAAUAACCCGGACUUACAGAGUGACUGACAGUCACAGACAGCUGCAGUGAGCAGCCAACCCAUAGAGACUAUCCACAGCAAUCUGACCAGCACUGUGAACGCUGACAGUCCCGCUCUGUUGUGGAGAGUAAGUGCGGUGCCCCUCUUCUACGUCUAUCCCUCCCACAAAACCCAACCAGGACAAGGUGGCAGAACAAAAUGGCUGCCAUGACUAUAGACCCGAUGGAGCAGCCUCGCAUGUACCAGCAGACCCUGCUUCAGGACGGACUGUUUGACCUCUUGGAGAAUGACAAGUUUGUGGACUGCGUCCUCAAAGUCCAGGACAAGGAGUUCCCCUGCCACCGCUUGGUUUUGGCAGCCAGUAGUCCCUUCUUCAAGGCCAUGUUCCUGUCUGACCUGGAGGAGAGCAAGAAGCGUGAGAUAGUACUCAAAGAUGUGGAGCCUGGUGUUAUGGGGAUGAUCCUGCGCUACCUAUACACCUCUGAAAUUAAUUUAACAGAACAGAACGUCCAGGAUAUCUUCAUGGUUGCUAACAUGUACCAGAUCCCCUCCAUCUUCUCUGUUUGUGUGUCCUACCUCCAAGAGAAGCUGGUGCUGGGCAACUGCUUGGCUAUCUUCAGGCUUGGGCUGCUGCUGGAUUGUCCCAGGCUCGCUUUAGCUGCUCGGGAUUUCAUCUGUGAACGCUUCCAGGUUGUUGUAAGGGACCAGGACUUCCUGGAGCUGGCCCCAAGCGAGCUGGCCAUCAUCAUCACCUCAGACGCCCUUAACGUCGAGCGGGAGGAGCUGGUGUUUGAAUCCCUGAUGGACUGGGUCAGACAUGAUGAGAAAAACCGAGUUAAGGACCUAGCAGAACUGUUGCACUGCGUCCGUUUAAGGCUGAUACCUUUGGAUUACUUCAAAGAAAAAGUGGAGCGCCACCAGUACAUGCGGUUCAACCAGGAGAUCAAGAAGGAUCUGGAUCUGGUCAAGGAUGCUCACAAAGGUCGUCUCCCAAAGCCCAAAAAGCACAGCAGUGAAGGGGCAAAGGGGGGAGAAAGUGGUGAGGAGGAGGAAGAGGAAGAUGAGGAGGGGUACCUGCCGGGUAUACUCAACAACAACCCUCGUUUUGGGAUGUUUGAGAUGGACCUGUUACUUAUGAUCAGUGACACAGGGACCGUGGCCUAUGACCCGGUAGGAAAUGAAUGCUUUGUGGUCUCAGAAUCCACAGAAAUUCCCAAGAACCACUGCAGCCUGGUGACCAAUCAGAACCAGGUGUUUGUUGUCGGGGGGCUUCUCUACAACGAGGAGGAUAAAGACGAACCGUUCAGCUCUUACUUCCUACAGUUCGACCCAGUAAGUUCAGAGUGGUUAGGGAUGCCCUCACAACCCAACCCUCGCUGCCUGUUUGGGCUGACUGAAGCUGAGAACUCCAUUUUUGUUGUUGGAGGCAAGGAACUGAAGGAGGGAGAGCACGCGCUGAACUCAGUCAUGAUCUAUGACAGACAGUCAUUCAAAUGGGGAGAGUCGGACCCUCUGCCUUAUGAAGUGUACGGACAUGGAACAGUAUCACACAAAGGUCUUGUCUACGUAAUUGGAGGAAAGUCUGAGAGCAAGAAAUGCAUGAGGAGAGUCUGUGUCUACAACCCCACUAAGUUUGAGUGGAAGGACUUGGCUCCUUUGAAGAAGGCCCGCUCCCUGUUUGGUAUCACUGUCCACAAAGACCAGAUCUAUGUUGUGACGGGGGUCACAGACGCAGGCCUCACCAGCUCUGUGGAGGUCUAUGACAUUGCCAGCAACAGCUGGUCAGAGUUCACAGAGUUUCCUCAGGAGCGCAGUUCCCUCAAUCUGAUGUCAAUGGGAGGCUUCCUGUACGCUGUGGGAGGCUUUGCCAUGAUGCCCAGUGAGACCAGUGAGGAGCCUGUCCCAACAGAGAUGACUGACAUCUGGAGAUAUGAUGAGUCAGAGAAGUGUUGGAAUGGGAUUCUACGAGAGAUCAGCUAUGCGGAGGGAUCCACUAUUCUUCCAGUGCGUCUCAACACUCUGCGUCUCACAAAGUUAUAACAAAGUUAUAUGUUUCAGGGUAACAACUGAACUUGGUCUCUGGAGAUGAAAAAGUGUUAUUAUACCAGCAUCACGUUGUUUUAUCUCAUAUUUUACAGCAGGAGGAGGCUAUAGAUAAAGGACAUGAGUUCAACUAUCACACCAAAUUUCUUUUAUAAAAACCUAAAAUGUUGAUUUGUAUAUCUGUUUUUUUGUUCUUGUUAUAUUAUUUCAUAAAUUUUCAUUAUCACUUGUCUGCUUUAUUGAAAGCAGAAAUAAAGAUAAUGGCUGAUUGAGUUGU